GCUCAGGUAAACAAUAUGCGAAUGACAUGACGGUGACACUCGAUACGAAUUCGUAAUGUUGUCAUGCACACACUUCAACAGCCGCUUGCUCGUGUUUCAUCGCUUGUAAUACACAGAAUACCUCGCAAAAAGGUCAAGAAAACGCCUGUUACGUGAAAACAACGUAUUCAUCCAAGUUUUACGGCGGUUGUAUACACUAUAUAACCGGUAAGAUACAUGCAAUCGUUUCGGUUUGCAUGCAAAAGUUAUCACUGUGUUAUUGUUGUAUGCUAUACGCAACAAUAUAUAAAUUUGCAUGAUAAUAUCAGAAUAUUGUAAUUGCAUUUUUUUUCAACUCGUAAAAUACACACGGCAACAGAAUCCGUCUUCUUUCAGAGAACACUCAAGAUAUAAACUUAUAGUUAUACUGUUCGAAGCACAGCGAGCGUUUCAGCGAAUAUAAUUUGAGGUCGAAAGGUUUCUAAGGCUGAAUUAUUAUUGGGUAAGAAGUUGUUAUUUGACUUGGGAUAUUGUUAUUCGCAACCGACAUUGAUUGUUAUUUAAUACCCAUUGUUGUUGACGGCCGUGAUCUGUGCCAACAAGCGAGGAUGCGAAGUUUCUUUAAAAUACGCUCGCUCAUUUAAUUGUUCGAAGCAAGAUAACGAACAUUGGAAAUAACACGAGGUUGGUAAUACGGACCGCCUAGAAUAUUAGUUAGAUAGGUUGUUGUGUUUCAAUCUUGUCUUUAAACGGUCCAGUGCUAGUAGUGCCAACGACAAAGAAAGCUUCGCAUUGCUACCUGAAAAAUACUAGGAGAACUUCGACGUUUCGAGCGAAGCCGAAGGCCCUUCGGUUUCGGCGGGAAGUUAUUUUUCAGGUCGUUCGUAUCCCUAGAAUAUAUAUUAAUCCGAAGCUUUCUGUUGUAUUUCAAUUCUAGUUUGCAACAUUACGUUGUUAUUGAAUAUCUAUUGUUCACGGCUGUGUCUUUAAUACUCUUACAUAACAAGCUGCCAUACCGAACGACGUUUCCUAAGAAUACAGCUUGUCAGCAAUAAUUUGUGCUUUCGAAGCGAAAAGUGUGAACGUAUAAACAAGGUUUAUCGGGCAAGCGAUGUUGCUGCAUUUCAAUAUAUUGUAUCAACUUGCAACUGACAUAGAUUGUUAUUUGAUAUGUUGAAGGGGUUCUUGUAGACGUAUAAAAUUUUGAUGGUAAUAUCUUAGAUUUUUAGACCUCUGGCCUGUAUGUCCAGGCAACUAUAUGGGUCUCAAAAUGGAUCAAAUUUUACACCCAAAAUUUCCAUCUAGAAAAACCCGUCAACAUUUAAGUUCUAUCGAGUGUGAUGCGCGAAAUACUGAUAUUGUUAUUUAAUACAUCUCGUACACAGCUGUGACCCGCACAUAACAAGCUGCCAUAUACAUAUUUUCUUCAAAAUACGCUUGAUAAUUUGAAUACUCGUGGCACAACAGCGAGAAUAGCGAAAGCAAUACAAAGUUUUGGCAAGUUUUGGUUGUCAUCGAUUUCAGUAUUGGCUAUUGCAAUUUAAUUAACCGAAUUGUAUUUGAAAGAUAAUCUUAAACGGUUCUUAAAUGAUUCCCCAACACUCAUGUUCUCCAUUUAAGUUAAAAUAUAGUUGGAACACUCAUCAAGACAUCAAACCUUUAUUUUGUUAAUCUAUUGAGUAGAAGAAAACAUUAAAUGCCCCCUGUAACAAUGUGUGACUGAUCUGAUCAUUGAUCAGCUCUUAUUCUUGUUUGAACGAGUCUUUAUAGUAUUGCAAGAACCUCAGACAAUAUAGCAAUGGAAACAUGCUGCUUUUUGAGUCGUAUUAUUUAAUACUUUGAGUCUUUUAUACUCUUUAAGAUAAUAUGCCUGUUUCCAUUUCAGAACUAUACCACUGAAAUUUUGAUAUUUUGAAGCUCAACGAUGUUGAGAAAUUGAGGGAUAUUUUAGAGUAACAAUCUAACAUGUUAUACAAAAAUGUAAGCCAAGCCAUGGUCUCUUAUCUAACUUAUCUAAUAGUCAAAUACGUAGCGCAACAAACACAAGCUAACACGAUAGCCUCGACCUUUCGUCCGUCACAGCGUAAACACAACACGAAUUAGCUAAAAUAGCGCGAUCUAUAGUGGGUAACUUGAAAUAAACUCGCCCGACGGAUGGAUUCUGAAUAAUAUAGAAAGGUAAAGCUAGGGUCAAUGUUGAUGAGAGUUGACAGUCACGUAUUCUUAAUACAGGGGUCGUUUCAAGCUCCAGAUUAACAAAGUAAAGAUUUGAUGAGUGCUCCAACUAUGUUUUAGCUUUAUAAAUAGAAUACAUGACAGUGUUGGGAAAGCAUUAAGUAAUAAGAACAGCUAACCAAGGCCGCAUGACUACCAAACUCUCGUGCAGCCACGCGCGGAUUUUUUUAUACGUAUAAUACGGUUCACUUUUUUUCGUGUUGUGAUAUAAUUUUAUCUGCCAUCAUCUGGGGCCGGUUGUUCAAAGGUGGGUUAGCGCUAACCCUGUGUUAAAAUUUAACCUGCUGUUUUAAGUUUGUGCAUUUCUGCACGUCUGUUUAUUUCAAAACUUCAGAGAAGUAAACUCGGAUCCAGACAAGAUCUCGGAAGAAAUAUUUCCAAAUUUAAUUAUAGACAAAUUGUCUCCCAGUUUGCUUUGAAUUUUAGCUUAACCUAGGGUUAAGCUAACCCAGCUUUGAACAACCGGCCCCUGGCUGUAUGCAGCAUUUUCCCACAAUUUUUUGCUUUUACUCUGUUUUUUUUCCCAAUUCUCUCCCGCCCCCCAAUUCCUUCACUUUUCUGAGGGCCGUCCCUAAACAGACCUUUGACCGCGUAGCUCAGUUGGCAGAGCAUUGCCAUUGGGCUAGUAUUCCAAAGGUCGUAGGUUCGAUUCCCACCGUGGCCAGGCAUAUUUUUCAAGCCUGCCCGGUGUGGAUACACACUCAGAGUAACAUCACACAAGCAUCUUAUUCACCUGAGUACAUACAACACAGCAAAUAUCAAGACCUUCGUAACAUGGAGAUGAUUUUGAACAUCUCAAUGUUACUAAGGUCUUGAUAAGCAUGACUAUUCCACCAGAACUAAAGAAAGAGGUUCUAAUGUAGGUCGCAUUAUAUCCAGAACCGAAAGACAUAAAUCAUCGUUUAUGCCUCGUGCAGUUAAACUUUUUAAUAAUAAACUUUAAAUUACUGCUGUAUAAUAGACGGUUCUGUAAUUUUAGGCUGAAUGUAGGUUGCAUUAUUCUCUAAACUAAAGGACAUAAUCGUCGUCGGUGCCUUUGGCAACAGAACCUUUUUAAAAAUACAAAAUUUUAUUGUAAUAUAUAGAUGGUUUUAUAAUGUUUAUGAAUUUGUAAGUCCACUGUAUUUUUUUACUUAAGGUGGAUUAUUAUUAAAGCUUUACAUUAACUUUACAGUGUAGGUACUGCCCACAGUAACAAAGCUUUGCCUUUGGAUUGAUAGAAAAAUACAAGGAGAACUUCGACGUUUCGAGCGAAGGCAUUUCCCAUACAAACUUCCCGACGCUUUCGCUCGAAACGUCGAAAUUCUCCUUGUAUUUUUCAAGUGGUUGCACCGCGUCCUAUAACAUUAACAACAGGUAAGCAUCUGAUUGUCAUUCGAUACCAUUGUCCGACACGACGUGCCACCUGUUGGCGUGUUGUAUUGUGUUGCCACGUUGCGUACGAGUCACAAACUUGUCACACAACAAAUGUCUUUAUCCUUAGCUUCAACCAAGAAAAUACGGCACAAAACAGCUCAAAAUUGAAAUAAAUAACAACGGAUCUCGUCAACGGCUCAACUUCUAUUACAGGUAAGCGUAUGGCUGAGAUUCAAUACACAAUUUACGGAACUUUUAAUACUGACACGAAGAUCGAAUUCAGUCCGGGCUAUGUUUCAGCGCGGUCACAAGUGCUGAUACGUAAGUCUUCAAACCCGUCCAAACGACAAAAUCCUAUUAAAACAAAGCGCGCAAUUCUAGGGCUUUCAGCCAGGCUGAGUUCGUCAUAUGACCGCUUCAGCGACUGAUUACAUGUGGAGUUUCUAGCUCGCGGCUGCCAGACUGAAAUAUCAGCCCAUCCUAUAAGGUUAAAUUCCCCAUUAAAACACACCAAGCGAUAUCACAACAAAUAUUUCUGCCCGAGCUGAAAUCGUCAUAUAAUCGACUGGAACAAUAAUAACAAAAUUGUCGUUUGUGAGUUGUGACUGUCUUUUUCAUGUUACAUGGAUUAUAUUCAUUAAGAUUUGUUGUCGUGUGAAGAUUGAUAAGGCAUACACGAUAAAUCCUGAAGUAGUCAUAGUAUAAUUGCAUGAAGUCUUACAGGAUUACAAAAAAAAAAUACUGCUGCAGGCUAUAAUCCUAUACGUUAUGAAUAUUUUCGUUCCGAACUGUUCAACUGUAAUUUAGUUAUUGAGUUAGUAGAUUAAUUAGGUAUUCAACCAAUUCAAUAAUCAGGUAUUUACGAAAUUGGCGUCGCCAAUUUGAACGAAAUUUGGGAUGCCUUUUUCACUGUUUAGUGCUUGAAAUAUUUGCUAAAAUUGACUGUGAAUACUUAGCGAUUUGAUCGUAGAAUGGCGUAGUUAUAUUCAUUUGCUCUUUGACUAAAAUGUUUAGCUGUAUUAUUGCUAAACAUGCCGAGAAUUUGGUUUGCAACUAGGUUUCAACAUCCAAUCACGCCAUCAGCCCAUUGAAAACAUUAGGUCACGUCAGCUAGUUUCCUAUCCAUUUACUUUAUUAUCCAUGAUUAUACCUAUCAAACAUAUCUGUGAAAAUUUCUGCAAAAAUUUAGAUCCCCAAGAAAUGUCUGGGAACUAGGUGCCCAGGUUCAGAUUCAUUUUCCACCUCAUGACGCACAAAAUAAGAAAACCACUUUCGUGUCGUUUCAGCAAAUUUCAACAUGGAAAUACAGCACGAGAACGGCGGGGAGGAAUUCUCGCGAGAACGGUUAAUGGAAGACAUCCGACAGUAUCCGUGCAUCUACGAUAAAUACGACAAGGACUACCCCGACAAGAUCGCUAAGACCAACGCCUGGGCCGCCAUAGCCGCGAAGUACGGUAUCUCUCCAAUCGAUGCCGACAAGAAGUACAAAACAAUGCGAAGUUCUUACACUAGAUAUUUAAAGAAGAAACGUAACACACCGCCUGGCGCCAAACCGCCGCCGCUUCCUGUAGCGUUUGUGAACCUGGACUGGCUUGCGAGCCAUAUUGACCACAAAGAGACGGCCGUUAAGUAUACUGCCAAUGGCGGGAAAGAUGGAUACUAUAGCGAUUAUUUAACAGGUAAUAUUGAGGGGAGAGGGGAGCUGAAGUGCUACAGAUUGAACCGGAGCUCUGUAAUAGUUCUGCCAGAAAUUCCCAUAUGACCACUCCAUCACGGUCAGACGGCAUGAACUUGCCUUCUGAGCAAGUUUCAGAUACCUUGACGUAAAGCACUUAGCUAGAUGGCUUCAUUCUGGCAAUGUUUUGGUCCAUAAAAAACGCCAUCCCGCCUGGCCAAGUCUCUAUGCUUGGUGGGAUGAAAACGUCCCGUUUCGGCUAGCCGCGAUGAAAUAGACAGGCCCUGGAUCUUUCUUGUGUUUUGCGCAAAAGUAAUGCAAUUUUCUUGUUGAAGAGGUAAUCGACAUUCUAUGAAAUCGACUACCUCGAUUUUUUUUCCCUUAAAUUGCAUGCAGUUUGCUUAAAUCAUAGCCCAUCAAUGCUUUCAUAGUGGUUAUUACUUUGUCACACGGUCAUUCAGCUACCAUUCAAAGCCUUUCAGUAAUUGUUCUCCCCUACCCCGCAAGCCAGCCUUACUUUCCUAAUUAAAUUAUGUCCAUUCAAAUGUUUAUCAGAUGCAGAGGAUGCAUACCACAGCAGUUAUGAUGAAAUUAUGAGAGAAGAAAACAAUUCAAGUGACAUGAUUGAAAUACCCAAUUCAAGUGUAACAAGCCGCCCGCGAGAGAGUUUGAAACCCGAGCCAGCAGCAAGCCAUGGACUUCAUGUAAGGGAAAGUUUAAUAAAACCCGAGUCAGCGUCAAAUCAAGUACUUCAUGUUAAGGACAAUCUACGUCCCGACCCUUUGCCGUCGCCAAUACUUCAUGUAAGCACAUCUGAAUAUCAAUCAAGUAGGGCCGCAACUCCGCCCAUCACAAACCAUACCAAUCAAGCGUCUAGUACCCAAACUCCUCAAAGCAACGGAGCAAAAUCUAUUACAAUGUACUAUAACAGACAAAAAGACUCGCACAAUGAUGCGGUAUUAAAUCUCAUACCUCUGGAGUCGGUUAAGCCUGCGUCGGCGGCGCCGACACCACCACCCUCGGAAAGUGUCGGAAAACGAAAACGGAUCGAAUACGAUGACGAAGACGAACUUUUCUUACUGAGCCUCGUGCCGACUCUGAAGAGACUGGGACCGAGGAACAAGACUAUUGCCAAGAUGCGAUUCCAACAAGUCCUUUUCGAUUUGGAAUUUCCCGCAAGUGAAUAAAGUUUGGAACGGUUUUGUUGGCCGAAACUAAGGGCAUUGUCGAAGACAAUCCGUUAACAGAUUGUGUUCGAGUGUUCGCGUACCGGCAAAGGAAAUACUAUAUCUGCUUCAAGGUUGAUGGCUUAACCUGUUACAACUUGUUGUCUAAUGUGUUUACGCCUAUACGGGUUGCCAUAGAAUCGACGUUUGAUAUUUUGAUAUUUUCAUUCAUAACUAUACAUUAUCACCUUAAUAUUUUAUAGUGUCAUAGGGUAUUACAAACAAUGCAAUACUAUAUAAAUGUGAUAGAGUAUUACAUAUAAUGCCUAACUGAAAAUAUAUCACAAAGGGCAGUGUGGAUUAUAACGCUUUCGUCUGACAAAUGUCCAAUCAACUGUGCAGUUAAUACUCGGACAUUGGCUAAUAAUGAUCGUCCAGCUUUUCAAAAUUUACAUUCAAUUGACAAGCUAUCAAUUGCUAUCAAUUUGAUAGCUCGUGCUGAUCACUUCUCGCACGAUCAAUCACAUUACUUAAUAUUUGGCAAGCAGUUCCAACUAUCCAUUCAUUGCAUAUCGUGCUUUGGAAUUUUCUGCAUAUCUAGUACCAUAAACGUGUGAUGUGAUUUUGUUGCUUGUCACAGCAAAGCCAAGAAAAUAUUUUGUGUUCCUUCUCUCGCUUUUAUGCUUGAUGAACAGUACUGUACUAUAGUCAAAUAAUAUACCUUUCAUUUAAAUGAAAAUCUCCUAUUUUAUAUUUGCUCGGUUAAAACGUCCGUGCAGAAUAAGAUGAAUCGGCCAUUUAACGCCCGUAUUCUAAAAGCACACUCACACUCAAUGAGUGGAGGUUCAAUCUGAGCUUCUCUUGAGUGUCAAUGCUGUUUUUGAAUAGCUGGAGGGUUAGUGUCGUACCACUGCGUGCCUACUCGCCCUCCAGCUAUCCAAAAACAGCAUCGACACUCAAGAAAAGCUCAGAUUGAACCUUCACUCAUUGAGUGUGAGUGAGCUUUUAGAAUACGGGCGUUAGUGUUUUUGUUCGGCAAAUAGCCGAUUGACGACCGUUAUAAUCCACACUGAUCACAGAUUAUGUUCGAUUGUUCCCAAUGGUUGCUGCCAGGCUUAUUGACAAGAUUAGAGCUAUGCUGAUAUUAUACUGAAAUGCGGCGUUGCCAUUCAGUCGGACAAUAGCAAGGGCCGGGCGCAGGGUCGUAGCUAGAAGCAGGGUCUUAGCUAGAUCGAGGGCCGUGUUGUCCGUGUUAUCGCGGCCAAAAGUGGAAAAUCACGGCUAGAUAAAAUGAACGCGGCUUCGUUAUCGCGGCUGUAUAUGUUCAUAAAAUAAGGUGGUGCUACAGUACUUACAACAGACAGAAUUUCUUCCUAUUUACAUCGUGAAAUGUUGAAAUUGGCAAAAGUGAUCCGUGAUGUUUUAAUGUUUUGAUGGAUAAUGGGAACUGUAUGGUGUUAAAAUGGUUUUAAGUACCCUCAAGAGUUGCUGAAAUAACUUGAUAUUCUAAUGUCAGUGCGCAAUAUGAGCGUAUGCUCGCCUCGUAUUUGGUUGCAAAGCAUAGAACAACUACAGGCAUUGUCUGUUGUUGGCGAGCAUAACUAGAACUGUGAAUUUGGCUAUUCAAGGUAAUUGACAUGUGCACACUCUGUUCAUUAGAAACACGCCCAAGAUCUAAAAUCCUAGCUAAGACCCUGGCUAGAAGGCCGUGCUGGUCGUGUUACCGCGGUCAAAAACUGGAAAAACACGAUGAAUAUAAUGACCACGGGUUGAUUAUUUAUAUACUCAUGAGCUGUAUGGGUUCGUCAAAUAGAAUGUUGCUAUUAAGUGUAGACAGUCGUGUUGGUGUCAAAAUGUAGCAUUAAAUUCCCCAUGAGUCUAAAAAAUUCACUGUAGUGUCAGUGUGAAAUAUGAGCAUAUGCUGAUAUAUUUGGUCGAAUCACAUACAGUAACCAUAGGCAUAGUCUAUACUGUUGCCGAGCAUAUAACUGGAACAGUCGCUAAUUCUGGUAAUUGGCAGACACGUGCCCUGAAAUUUAGAAAAGAUCUUCACCCUGGCUCAUCCUUUACAGGGGAUGUGCUUUUUGUUACCAUUGUAAUUGUUAAAGAUGUAAUAAAACAUGAAAAUUUCAGAUGUUAUCUCAGUUUAAUUU